AUGGAAGAGUCAUCUGCCCGUCUCAAGUGGAUUGUGUCGAGCAGAAACAAAACAAGAAUCGAGCAGUUGCUUGCAGAAGCUAGUGGCAUGGUGUGCCUAGAUCUGGAGGAGAACACCGAUCCUAUUUCGGAAGCUAUUCAAGUUUACAUUGAUUGGAAAGUCUCGAAUAUAAAUUUGCUACGAAAGAACCGAGUUUCACGAGAAAAGGUGUCAAAGAUUUUGCAUACGAAGGCAGAUGGCACUUUUCUAUGGGUAGCUCUCGUCAUCCAAGAGCUCCUCGAAGUCGAGGUUUCAUCUGAAAUUUUGGUUGUUCUCGAGGACUGUCCGGCCGGGCUGGAUCAAAUAUACGAGAGAAUGCUGAAACAAAUAUCAGAGCACAAAAGAAAUGGCCCUGAAAUGUGCCGGCGCAUCCUAUCCACGGCAGUCUUUGCAUACCGACCGCUCCAUUUGCAUGAGCUCCAUGUCCUUUCUGGACUUGAGAAGUAUAAUUCAAAAGUCAAUGAUAUAAACGAGACAGUCCUUUUAUGUCGUUCGUUUCUGACCGUCAGAGAAGACCAUGUUUAUCUCAUCCACCAGUCAGCCAAAGACUUCCUAACAGGCACAUCUCCCAAAAACACUUUUCGUUGCGACCCAGAGAAAAUCCAUGAUGACCUAUUCCGAAGAUCAAUAAAAGUAAUGGGAGGUGUUCUGAAGCGGGACGUAUACGAUUUAAUCCUUCCUGGAAUCACCAUUGACGAGGUCAGCCCACCGGAUCCGAACCCUUUGAAGGAAGUAAAGUACUCCUGCGUCUAUUGGAUAAAUCACUACUGUGACUCUAAUAGAGAUGACGUGUGUACGGCCGCACAAAACACUACGACCAGCAGCGAUGUUAUUGUCCAAUUUCUCCAGGAAUUUCUACUCAACUGGUUUGAGGCUUUGAGCCUAUUACAUUGCCUUGACGACGGAGUUCGCUCAAUAAGAAUGCUUGAGCAGUUUCUAGUAAAUAAAUGGAUGAUUGAGAAGGCCCCACUGCAGACGUACGUUUCCGCUCUCUUAUUUAGCCCAAGCGAGAGCAGAAUACGUGAAAUUUUCCGAAAUGAGGAGCCGAACUGGAUAGGAAUCAAGCCCAGAGUUGAGAACAAAUGGAGCCGAUGCCUCCAGACUUUGCAAGGCCUUGGACCUGAGGUUCACACUAUCGCCUUCUCCUGUGAUUCGAGACUGAUGGCUUCUGGAUCUGAACGUUCAACAGUCUGUGUCUGGGAUCCAGAGACAGGCUCAGAGCUACCAAAACUGACUGGUCACAAGUGGGCGAUUCUCUCUGUCGCCUUCUCGUACCAUGAAGCAAAUCUGCUGGCCUCUGGGUGUCAAUAUGGCUCGAUCCGGCUCUGGGAUCUAGAGACUGGCACAGAGUUGAAAAGGCUAGAGGAUCAUGAUGCUUGGGUUCACUCUGUUGCCUUUUCACCGAGAAAUCCAAAUAUUCUAGCAUCUGGGGGGUCCGACAAGACUGUCCGGCUCUGGGACCUGAAGACAUUGCAGAUACGAAGGUUAAGGGGCCAUGAAGACAGCAUACGUUCGGUCGGCUUCUCGAAUCACAAUAUGAAUUUGUUGGCGUCCGGAUCUGAUGACGGGUCAGUCAGGGUCUGGGAUCUAGACAAAGGAUCCACUCUGCACGUUCUGAAGGGCCACAGUCGUUGGGUCAACUCUGUUGCCUUCUCCGACAUUUCUAAAGUGCUAGCUUCUGCAUCUGGUGAUAAGACGAUCCGGCUCUGGGAUUCCGAAACAGGCUCGGCGUUGAGGAUCCUUCAGGGCCAUAGCCGUGACGUUAGGGCAAUUGCCUUCUCUGACAAUUCACAUAUUUUAGCUUCUGGAUCGACUGAUACCACGAUGCGCCUCUGGGACACCGAGACAGGAUUAGAGCUACAGAAGCUAGAGGGUAACGGGGACAUGAUCGAAGCUGUUGCAUUCUACAAUUCAAAAGUGUUGGCUUCUGCGUCUUCUAAUGGCACGGCUCGAUUCUGGGAUCUAGAGCCAGCCUCAGAGCCAGCCUCAGAACCAGAGAAGUCGGCGCGGAUUGAGGUUACUGAAUUUUCGCAUGAUGCCAAGAUUUUAGCUUCGGGGUCUUAUGAUGGCACGAUCCGUCUUUGGGACCCAAACACAGGAUCAGUGCUUCGCGAAUUAUUUGGCCACCGGAACGAUAUUUUAAGUGUUACCUUCUCAUGCGAUUCAAAAUUGCUCGCCUCUACAUGCAGAGAUCGGACAGUCAGGGUUUGGGACCCAGAGACAGGUUUGAAGAGAUUCAACAAUCACAAUCUGGGAUCUGGGGAACGGCUCAAGGCGACAAACUUUAUAUGGAAAUGGAACAUUGCUUAG